CUCCGUCGAACCGAGAAGCGAAGAAGCAUAAAUGGCGUCCAUGGCCGCGACCCCGACUCCUAUGCACACCGCUCUCUCUAUGCUGGGCACUAUGGCGGGUCAGUAUAUGGCCUCGCAGGCUCAGGCCGCGAAGCAGCAGCCACCACAACCGCAACCGCAGCAACCCUCGUCGUUUCCUAACUUAUUCGCACCUACGCAACCCACUGUAAACGCCAAUGCGGCGAACCUCUGUGAUGAAUGUCACGCACGACCGAAGUUUUUCGACGGAACGAAGACCCACCCUUACUGUGGCAAAGGGUGUGCAACCGCAGCGAAGAACAAUACCACGAACAUGAACACGAGCACUAAUGUGAAUGCGGGCAAGAGGGGAAGAAGCCACACGGUCGUCGGAGCGGCAGGAGGGAAAUGCGACUACUGCCAUCAGCGGCCGAAGCACUUCGAUGGCCAGAAGACACUGCCUCACUGCAGCCGGUCCUGCGCGCAGAAGGCGAAGGCGGCCGGCACUGGUGGUGUAGCCAGCAGCCCACCCAAGAGCACCGGCAUCGCUAACGGCAAGAAUGGCUGCCUCAUAUGUGGCAAGCCCUCGAGUCAGGGGCAAUUUUGCGGCAAGAAGUGCGUCACGACGGCUGAACAGCGCGCGCCAGCACUUCUCGAGGUUCCUGCCGGACACGCGACGUUCCAGAGCGUAAAGGACCAGUUCGAGACAUCCUGGAGACAUCAGACGACUAAGCCCACCGUCAAAAGGAUCUACAAAGUCAUCUCCGACGCAGCCUCGCUCAAGAAGUACGAAGCAUACCGAUCUGCCGUCGAAGCCCGCGGCAACUUCGUCGCAGCCGGCAAGAGCGCUGGCAACGAGAACAGGCGAUGGCACGGAACGACGCGCGAAUGUCUCCUUGGCGACAACGGCAACACGACUUUGUGCUCGUCGACAACAUGCUCGCUGUGCUGCAUCCUGCGGACGUCGUACAGGCUCAACUUCAGCGGCAAGAAGACUGGCUGGGGAAGAUUUGGCAGCGGUAUCUACACCUCGGCGACCUCGUCUAAGUCGAACGACUACUCGACGAAUAUCAAGCCAUCCCGCUAUAAAGCCAUCAUGCUGAACAAGGUCGUAGUCGGCAAAGGCUGCAAGAUGACGCAAGAUAACACGACUCUAACAGCGCCACCACCUGGCUAUGACUCGGUCCUCGCUGAAGUCGCAGCGGGCGGCUCCCUGAAUUACGACGAACUUGUAUGCUACACCGACGAUGCCAUCCGGCCAUCAUAUCUAGUGAUUUAUGACGCGUAAGGAUUUACGACGGAUAGAGGUUAAUUUAUUUGACAUUACGUUAUUAUUUGUUGUACAUUUGUACUGAUAGUAAGUAGAGCUGCGAUAAUGAGCAACAUCGACAACGCGCUAUCAG